AAUUGAGAGACUGUCUCGAAAUAAAUCUUCAUCUGUGCUCGCGCAAAGACUUGCCAUUUGUCUGACUGAUUUGUGAGCGACAAGAGGUAUUUAGAAGGCGAAAUUGCUCGUGAACAAAUUGUCGCGUGUUGAAGAAGUGUAUCUAUAUCUUGAUGAGAUGUGACGGAAGGAGUUAUUGAAGAAGACAUUCGGUGACACAGCUCAUAACUGUCUUUCCGGCGUGAUGCCGUCAAUCAACUUGUGUCCUGUGUGCGGCGUCGAGGCGUUCCUCAAGUGCGCCGGCUGCAAGAAUGUCGUGUACUGUGGCAAAGAUCACCAGAAGAUCCACUGGCGAAAGGGUCACAAGGUCAUGUGCAAGUGCUUUGAGCUGAAAGUGGAUGAAGUGAUGGGAAGAUAUCUCGUCGCCACGCGAGACAUUAAGCAAGGCGAAGUGAUCCUGAAGGAGAGACCAAUGGUCAUUGGCCCCAAAAUCAACUCUCGCGUCUUGUGUCUCGGUUGCCAUCGCUUCCUGAGCCUUCAGCCCAAGCAGAAGAACUACUACAAGUGCUCCCAAUGCAAUUGGCCUCUCUGUGGCGCUUCCUGCGAGCAGUCCUUCGUCCACCAGGCUGAGUGCUCUCUAAUGGCCUCGCGGAAGUUCAAAGCUCAGAUUAAUGCUUCUCCUGGGGAUGAGAACAAGAGGGAAGCCGCGUAUUGCGCCAUUGUUCCGCUGCGAUGUUGCUUGCUGAAGCAAUCGGAUCCACUGGACUUCGAGAGGAUGCUGGAUCUGCAGUCUCACCUGGAAAGGCGAAUUGACACGCCUCUCUACAGAAUUCUGAAAGCCAACUUGCUGACCUUCAUCAGGACCAUCCUGAAGGUGGACAUUGACGAGGAGACUGUCAUGAAAAUCGCUGCAAUUCUCGACACGAACACCUUCGAAAUCCGCCAUCAACAUCGGAACAUCAAAAUCAGAGGACUUUAUCCAACUGCGGCGAUGAUUUCGCACAGUUGCGUCCCCAACACUGCCCACACCUUCAGUGAGGAUUUUGACUUCAUCCUGAUAGCCACAGUUGCCAUCACCAAAGGAUCUCCCAUCUUCACCACUUACGGUCAGACGUUGGAAGCGACGCUGCAGCGACGAGAACAUCUGCGCCAGAAUAAGUUCUUCGAUUGCUUCUGCGAGAGAUGCGGAGAUCCAACGGAAUUGAGCACCUUCGCGGGAUCUUUCAUCUGCUCAAAGUGCAACAGUGGCAAGAUGAUCCCUAUGAAUCCCUUUGAAGACGCCGCUCCGUGGAAAUGUUCCGCUUGUGAGCUCACAAUUCCUGCACAGCAAGUGAUCAAGGGGAACAAGGCGAUCCAAAUGGAGAUCGCCGCUCUGGAUCAACACUCGCCGAAGGAAUUCGAAGCGUUCCUGAUCAAGUACAGGGAUGUUCUCCACGGGACCAACACGCAUAUGCUUCAGGUGAAGUACGCCCUGAGUCAACUGUAUGGCAACAUUCCGGGCUACUUUCCUGCAGAGCUGAGCGAUGCCGCUCUCAUCCGGAAGAUUGACAUCUGCCGCGAGCUGCUGGAAGUGGGAAAUCUAGUGGAGCCCGGACUGAGCUUCUUCCGCGGUUAUCUCCUCAUGGAUCUCCAGACUGUGCUGGCGAUCCAAGCGAAGCGUGACUUCGACAACAAGAGCGCCAAUCGCGAGCAAACUCUCUCGAAACUCAGCGACGCCAUGGAUUUGCUGCAGGAAGGCGUGAAAAUCCUGAGCCCCAAUCCUGCCCUGAAAGACUACGUCAAUGAGAAAGUCCAGGAACUAACGAACUGGAUGCAGUUCUAGAAUGUAUUUUGUGUUCAAAAUAGAAACAUGUUCAGUAGCCCA